AUGUCUGCUUUUGGCUUAGAUUUAGAUGAAUUGACGUCAGCUUUCGAUCCUAAGAAACCGUCUUCUGAGACUCCUGUAGACACCGAUUCUACACAACCUGGUGACUUCGAAGAAAAAAAGCGGAAAGCAGAAGCGUCACUCAAACCCUUAUUGAAAGAAGUAGAGGAAGAUUCUACAGAUGAUUCUCCCAAACGUUCAAAACUAUCUGUUAGUGAUACUCUAGAAUUUAAUGCUCCCAGAAUACAAAUACAUAAAAUCAGUUCACCCGAAACAUGUACACACGAGGUGGCUGUUCCUCCUGAUAUUGAAUACAAACCAAUUAUUAAAGAUUGUGGAUUUCCAGCGAAAACUUUUCCCUUCACGCUUGAUGCAUUUCAGCAACAAGCAAUCAUAUGUAUUGAUAAUAAUCAGUCAGUGCUUUUAUCAGCUCAUACGUCAGCUGGUAAAACUGUUGUAGCUGAAUAUGCGAUCGCAACAGCGUUACGGGAAAAACAACGUGUAAUUUAUACUACUCCUAUUAAAGCACUUAGCAAUCAGAAGUACAGAGAAUUCUUCGAGGCCUUCCCGGAAGUAGGAUUACUUACAGGUGAUGCUACAAUCAAUCCCAGCGCUAGUGUACUUAUCAUGACCACAGAAAUCCUUCAAUCCAUGUUGUAUAAAGGUGCUUCAAUGGUGCGAGAGGUCGGUUGGGUUAUAUUUGACGAAAUUCAUUAUAUGCGUGACCCUGAACGUGGAGUGGUUUGGGAAGAAACUAUAGUGCUUUUACCAGAUAAUGUUCGUUAUGUGUUUCUUAGUGCUACUAUUCCAAAUGCUCGCCAGUUUGCUGAAUGGAUCGCUCACCUUCACCACCAACCAUGUCAUGUUGUUUCAUCUGACUGCCGUCCUGUACCACUACGCCAUUAUCUAUAUCCUGUGGGUAGUGAGGGUUUGUUUCUCGUAUUAGACGAGGGUAAAUAUUUGGAGCAAAAUUUUGAACGAGCUAUGCGCUCGUUCCUUUCGGAUGAAUCAUCAAAUAAAAGACAAAAGUCACAAGUUGAUUUUAAUAAACGUUCUGAAAAUAAUGUCAUUCAAAUUGUUCGUUUGGUCAAACAUCGCAGUUUGGAACCGAUAAUUGUAUUUAGUUUCAGUAAAAAGGAGUGUGAAAUCUAUGCACUCCAAUUAGCCAAAUUCGAUUUCACUACUGAUGCAGAGAAAAAAGUCGUUGAUGAAGUAUUCCGCAAUGCAAUCGAUGGUCUUUCACCUGAAGAUCGCGCAUUACCACAAGUUGAGAGUGUCUUACCAUUGCUUAAACGUGGUAUUGGUAUACAUCAUGGUGGUCUUUUGCCUUUAUUAAAGGAAACUAUAGAAAUAUUAUUUUCUGAGAAUUUAAUUAAAUGUUUAUUUGCUACAGAAACAUUUGCCAUGGGUUUAAAUAUGCCUGCUAGAACGGUCCUGUUCACCUCGGCUCGUAAAUAUGAUGGACAGUCUUAUCGUUGGAUGAAAAUUUUUUCGUAUAUUCAUAACGUGUAUUUUGUAUAA